AGUUUUAUUUUAUUUUAUAAGAAUGUCAGCUUUGAGGUUACCUCCUCUACCCUCAGUGAGAAACAUCAUCAAGAUGUAUCGUCUGCAGGCUGUAAAACAGUUAUCUCAGAACUUUCUGCUCGAUGAGAAUAUAACAAACAAAAUUGUGAAGUACGUUGGUAAAGUGCCCAAUUCAGAAGUUCUGGAAGUUGGUGCUGGACCAGGAGCCAUUACAAGAUCAAUCUUGAGAAGACUGCCAAAAAAACUGGUAAUUGUUGAAAAAGACAAAAGAUUCAAGCCUACAUUGGAAAUGCUUCAAGAUGCAUAUAAAACAGUUAAUGGAAAAGUUGAUAUUUUUUAUGAUGAUAUUUUAUCAGUGGACACCAAAUCACUUUUCUCAGCAGAAAAUGCCAGAGACUGGGAAGAUGAUUGCCCUCCUAUUUACAUUGUGGGAAAUUUACCAUUUAGCAUAUCAACCAUUCUCAUCAUCAAAUGGCUGCAUGCCAUGAGCGAACAAAGAGGAGCAUGGGCUCAUGGCAGAGUGAAAAUGACAUUGACAUUUCAAAAAGAAGUUGCAGAUCGUCUAGUUGCUGAAGUUGAACAACCACAUAGAUGCAGAUUAUCUGUUAUGGCUCAGGCUUUUACAACACCAAAGUUACGAUUUAUUAUACCUGGAGAAGCAUUUGUACCAAAACCAGACGUAGAUGUAGGAGUUGUGACAUUUGUUCCACUAGAAAGACCACGAACAAGGCAUGAAUUCAAACUUUUUGAAAAAAUUACGCGUCACAUGUUUAGUUUCAAGCAAAAACGCUGCAUUAAAUGUGCAAGAACACUAUUUCCUAAAGUAUCACAAAUUCCAAUGGCAGAUGAACUAUUCAACAUGGCUAAUGUUGAUCCUAAUGUUAAAGCCACAUAUUUAUCAGUUGAAGAUAUUAAUAGAAUUACUACUGCGUACAAAUCGCUUUGUGAAAAAUACCCAGAAAUUGUUGAAUAUAAUUAUAGAGCAAGCCGAAGAGUCAUAACUAGGAAAGAUACCAAGAGUUUAUCCAUUCAGGAUUACGAUGAAGAAAAUGACUUCAGUGACAUUGAAGAUGAUGAAUCUGAUGAAGACAAACCAGCUGAUUUAAAAGAAAUUAUUGCAUCUCAAAAAGCUUAAUGUAAAUUUUACUAAAAAUUUCAUGUAAAUAAAUGUUUAAAAAAUGUACCAAAUAACUGUUGAUACUUUUACAUUUGCCAGGUGAAAUUAUGAUCAUCAAUAUCUUAUUUUAUCAGGCAUUUCAUACUUUCUUUGUUGUUUAAUGUUGUUUUAAAUAAAGGAAAUUUAUAAAAUCUAA